AUGCCUGGAGUGCUCACCAACAUUGCAACUGUCUAUCCCGAUGUCCAAAGCCAGGACAUGGAUGACGCGACAUUCAAGCCGCUAUUCUUCACGAUCAAAUUUUCUGGUACCCUUCCGAAGCAUCUGAUAGAACAAAAUAUACCUGUCGAGAUAUCAGUGUCAAUUGCUGAAGAAUACGGGUGCUUCACUAUGCCCUUCGUAAAAGCUAUAUCAUCGAUGGAUCGGUGGCAGUCCGAUACUGAAAGCAUGCUAAAUUCAAGCGACUCAAAUUUUUCUGGUAUCAUCGAAUGUAUUCCCCCUCCCGAUGAAAUCCCCAUCCCAUUCCUCCCCCUUCCAUCAAUGUUCAACCACACUAAUCAAGACGAUUGGGCGAAGCUAUCAAAAGAGAUUGAGGGGUGGCUUGUAGAACUCGAUACCGAAUUGUCGCAGUGGAUGUGGGGACGGGACACAUUUUGGUUGACAUUCAUUGCCGCAUAUCCCUUCUUCCCAAGAGGCACCUGGCCAAUGUGGGAUCCCCGCAUACCGUUGGAAGGCACAUUCAUUGAAUGA